AUGCUGCCGUCCACAGCUGUGACUCUGAGCGUCGGCGCUCUGCUCUUCUGCUCUGCACUCAUCCAGUGUUCAGUGUUCUUGGAUCGGUCGGCGGCCGGUCAGAUCCUGCGCUCCUCCUCCAGGAGGCGACGAGCCAACUCGCACUUGCUGGAGGAGAUGCUGCCCGGGAACCUGGAGCGGGAGUGUUACGAGGAGCGCUGCUCGCUGGAGGAGGCCACAGAGAUCUUCCAGACCCAGGAGAAGACGAUGGAGUUUUGGUACAGAUACACAAAUCUGAACCCCUGUCGGACCAACCCCUGUCUGAACGGAGGCAUGUGCACCCUGGACCGAGGAGACUUCACGUGUCUUUGUCCUCCCCAGUAUCAAGGCAAGAUCUGCGACACAGUGGUGUUGGAGUGCCACUAUAGAAAUGGUGGCUGUAUGCAGUACUGCAGAGACCUGGCAGGUGGCGCUGGAGUUCAGUGUGGCUGUGCUGACGGAUACUUCCUAGAGAGUGACGGACAGAGCUGCUCCAAGACCGUGGCGUUCCCCUGUGGCCGUCAGCAGAUGGAGGCUUUGGAUCGAGGUCGCUCUCUGCUGAGUUCCUUGGAGACGGAUGAUGCCACGUGGGAUUACAACGCAACAGACAGCUGGCUCCCUGAACUUAAUUCAACAGAGGUGGGGGCAGCGAACGCAACAGGGAGAGGAGGGAACCUGACGGACAGUGGAGGGGCAGGAGGCAGCGAGAUGCAGCCUCGCGUUGUGGGUGGAUCCCUGGAGAGGCGAGGAGGGAGCCCCUGGCAGGUUCUGAUCCACAGGUCUGACGGCUUCGGUUUCUGCGGAGGGACUCUGGUUUCUGACCGAUGGGUCGUUUCUGCCGCUCACUGCUUUGAAGAGUCUGCAGACCACAUUACGAUAGGUGACUACGACAAGCAGCGUCCCGAUCCAGGCGAGCAGCAGAUAAAGAUCCAGAAGGUCAUCGUUCAUCCUCACUUCCACGCCUUCACCUUCGACAGCGACCUCGCUCUGCUCUAUCUCGCCCGGCCUGUUCAGAGGGGCCCCACCGCAGUCCCCGCCUGCCUCCCCGACACCCACCUCUCCAAAUACCUGCUGAAGGAGGACAACCACGGCGUGGUGACGGGCUGGGGGGCCACCGAGUACCUGGGCCGCUCCUCGAGGUUCCUGAGGAAGGUGACGCUCCCGGUGGUCGGCUACAAAGACUGCAUCAGCACCACUGAGCAGGUGAUCACAGACAACAUGUUCUGCGCAGGUUACCUGGAGGCCAGUAAGGACGCCUGCAGCGGGGACAGUGGAGGGCCGUUCGUGGUGAGCUACAGGGGGACCUGGUUCCUGACCGGGGUCGUCAGCUGGGGGGAGAAAUGUGCCGCCCGGGGCAAGUACGGCAUCUACACCCGACUGGGCAACUUCCUCAACUGGAUCCGAGACACAAUGGGGAGACGGGACCUGAACGGCACUGGGAGCCUGUGA